AUGACAAAGAAGCGCCGCAAUAAUGGAAGAAACAAAAAUGGUCGUGGACAUGUGAAGCCUAUUCGUUGUACCAACUGUGGACGUUCCUGCCCAAAGGACAAGGCUAUCAAGAAGUUUGUUGUUCGCAACAUCGUAGAGGCUGCUGCUGUUCGAGAUAUUACUGAUGCUUCUGUCUAUGAGCAAUAUGCUCUGCCUAAGCUGUACCACAAAUUGCAUUAUUGUGUUUCGUGUGCAAUUCACAGCAAAGUCGUUCGUAAUCGUUCUCGUGAGGCUCGCAAGGAUAGAAAUCCACCGCCUCGAUUUGGACAACGUUCUGCAGCUGAUCGUGCACCGCGUCCAGGAGCACAGGGAGGUGGAACUGGAGGUCAAGGAACUGGUGGUCCAGUUGUGCCAGCACUUCGCAAUGCUUGA